AUGGGUAACAAGACAAUGAAGCCGUCCUCGACCUCCGCCUCGGCCUCGGACCUAGUGGAGAGCGCCAUCGCGUCGCACCCGGUCGUCAUAUUCUCCAAGACCUACUGCCCGUACUGCACGAAGGCGAAGACCUCUAUCUCGCGCGCAGGCGCGUCAGUCGCCUCCUUCACCCCGCCGAAGGUCUACGAGCUCAACCGCAUGGGCGCGCUGGGCGCCCAAGUCCAGGCCUACUUGGCCGAGAAGACGUCGCGCCGCACUGUGCCCAACGUCUUCAUCGGCGGCCGCUCAGUCGGUGGCGGCGACGAGACCGCCCAGUUCGAGCGCAGCGGCGUGCUCAAGCAGAUGCUCACGCAGGCCCCGGACCGCCUCGCCGAGCUGCACCCGGCCCCACAAUCGCCGGAGCCGAAGCCGGAGCCGGCGCUCGCCCCGCCCGCCCCUCAGCCCGCCCCUCAGCCCGCCCCGCCCGCCCCGCAGCAGCUCGUCGAGGACGCCGUGCGGAACAACCCCGUCGUCGUCUUUUCGAAGAGCUUCUGCCCGUACUGCGUCGCCGCCAAGGACAACAUCGCCGCCGCCGCGCAGCAUGUCCCAGCCUUCGACGCCCCCAAGACCUUCGAGCUCGACCACAUGGGUGAGGAAGGGUCCCAGAUACAGGCCUACCUCGCAGAGAAGACCGGCCGCACCACCGUCCCCAGUGUCUUCAUCGCGGGGCAGUUCGUCGGAGGCUCCGACGAUGUCGCUGCCCUCGCCGCCAGCAACGAGCUUGUCACCCGCAUCGCCGAGGCCGUGAAGAGCCCUGCCGACCAACCGGGCCCGCCGCAACGCCCUGCGGAAAAGCUUGUCGAGGAGGCUAUCGCGGCCAAUCACGUCGUCAUGUUCAGCAAGACCUACUGCGGAUUUUGCCACCGCGCAAAAGCCACCCUGCAGGAAGCUGCCCGCGGCCUUGAUACCGCCCCACCACCCAAGGUCUUCGAGGUAGACGAGAUGGGCGCGCUGGGCGAAGACGUCCAGCAGUAUCUCUUCGAGAAGACGGGGCAGCGCACCGUUCCGAACAUUUACAUCGCGCGCAACCACAUUGGUGGAAGCGAUGACCUCUCCAGUUUUUCGGAGAGCGGAGCGCUCAAGCAGGCUCUGCACCCCGCUCCGGUGCAGUUGACGCGUUCUGGGAGCGACGGGCCGAUUCUCAAGACAAUCGUGCUCGGCGCCGGCUGCUUCUGGGGGGUCGAGCUCGCGUUCCAAAGGGUCGUCGGUGUCGUAGACACAGAGGUAGGCUACUCGAAUGGGAAGUUUGGCAGUGUCAGCUACGAGGCCGUGUGUUCUGGCAUGACGGGCUCGGCUGAGGUCGUGCGUGUCACGUAUGACGAGCGACAGAUUUCCGUCACCCAAUUGCUCGAGGUCUGGGAGAGCAGGCACGAUCCGACGUCAUUGAAUAAGCAGGGAAAUGAUACCGGGACGCAGUAUCGCAGCGGUGUGUAUUUUUAUGAUGAGGAUCAAAUGGUGGAGAUUAAUGAGUGGAGCGCCGACGCGAGGAGAAGGCUAUCGAAGCCCGUCGCCACUGAGAUUGCAAAGGUGCAAAACUAUUGCAAGGCGGAAGGGUAUCAUCAGCAGUACCUUGAGCGGAAGGGGCAGAGUGCGAAGAAAGGUGCGCUUACCAAAAUCAGGUGCUAUGGAUAACGCGUCAACGUGCUGCAGUUUUUUUUUUUUUGUCGGCACGGCAAAGCGUGAAGCCAAGUCUGUGGAGCGAAGUCUCAUACGCUGAACCUUUUUCCGGUGAAGCAUUGAGGGUGGCGCGAUUGGAGUCAUGAAUGGGCGGCUUCACUGCAUUCCGAACCCGCCAUCCUGGGCACGUAUGUGUGUGUAGGUUCGGACUCAUAUUGCGCAUGACGUUGUCACAAUUGCCGAGUUGGAUGGACCAGUUUUGUCGAGAUGAUACAUAUACCGUAAUAUGCCGUUCACACACACUAUCACGCAAGAUAGUCGAUGCGUCUCCAUGUGAGACCUUUUUGUUUUUUUGUAUGUACAGGAUCGGUAAAGAAGUUUUAAUGCUAACGGCGUCUA